CUUUCCUUUUUACACCGAGCAAUUGCACACACAGACACUAAAUUUGUCGCGUUCAAGUAUCUUUCCUUCUAAAGUCGGCGAGCGGAGCUCCGACGGAUCCGCCAUAAUUCGCCUCCUAGGGCGCGUCACAAUUUACGACGGUGCCCCUUUGGCGCGCUUCUGGCCUCUGAGCUUUUCCUGUGUAGGGUUUUACGUCCCUGAGUCGCUUGUUUCUCUGUCUCCCCCCUCGCCUUUCUCUCUGCGAGAUCCUAGGCUCGUCUUCUGCUUCUGUGUUUAUGGGUUUCAAUCGAUUCGGGACGUUCGAACCUUCCAGGAGUUUGGCUGGCAGCUUCUUUACCAAUGAAGCCAUCCGAGCAGGUUACAUCACCAGCGGCCUUGCGGGAAACCAUGUGAUAGGUAGGCACCUGAGUUCGAGGGAGGCGCUGAGAUGGGAGAUCGAGAAGGACAAGAUACGGGCGGAGAUGAUUGCGGACAUUAUAAGGAGGCGCCAGCUCGAGGAGGAGGUCCGCAGAGAGCUGGCGCUCGAGCGGGAGAUGGUACUCCGGCAGGAGCUCCAGUUGCUCGAUUCGCUGAACUCUGCGGCUCAGGAUGUUAAGGCGGAGAACCGCUUCUGCUUCGGUGGGAAAUCGUUGCCUAAGUCGGGUGUUGCGGUGGACCCGCUUCGGCCUGAGGCAGGGAGCUCUAGUGAGCCAGCACUUGCAGACCCAAGGGCAGCAGUGGAGAAGCCGGUUGUGUUUCCUGUUAACACAUUAAACGACAUACUUCGAGGGACAAAGCGCAAAGUUCCUGCACCGCCUGCCGCAGCAAAAGGCACAGAUGCAAAAGAGAGGGAACUUCCGUGGUUAGCUAUUCCGAGGAAGAAAACAAAGAUAUUUCAAAGUGUGUGGACCUGUAACCUUUGUCACAUAAGCUGCACAAGCAGGGAUAGCUUGGCUCAUCAUCAUCAUGGCAAAAAGCACAAGGCAAAACUGGAGGAAUCAAGGCUACAGAAAGAGGAAGGUCCUUCAGACAAGAUAGACCCAAAAAAGCCACGACCAAGUGCAACCGAAGCUGCAGGUGUUACAGAUGGAGGACUUGUUAUUGGUGCGGCAGAGAACUUGAACCUUAAGAAAACACCAGGGAGCAAGAAGCAGCUGAAGGGCAAAAGUGUUGAACCAAAGCCGAAAAAUCAGAAGGUGAAGAAAAAAGGCAGCGGAUUCAUGUUCCGAUGUGAGCACUGCGGAGUCGGAUGCAAUAGUGAGGCUGUACUUGAUUCACACCUGAAAGGAAAGAAACACGCAGCUAAGCUGGAAGAGCUCAAGAUAUCUGGCGAUGCCAGUGUCAGGGCUAUGCCGGUGAAGACGUUUUCAGCAAAGGAAACUGUCAAAACACAAGCAGCGACGGGUAUGCAGGAGGAGGAUGGCUCUGUCAAUGAAGGCGAAGAAGUUUUAGAACAUGAAGAAAACAAAGGUGUAGACGUUGCGGGCUGUAAACUUGUGGAGCAGAAGGAAAACGAAGAGGUUCAAGUUGUGGCGCAGAAGGAAAACGAGAGGAUAGAGGUUGCUGGUAACGAAGUCAGGGAGCAGAAGGAAAACGAGAGGAUAGAGGUUGCUGGUAACGAAGUCAGGGAGCAGAAGGAAAACGAGAGGAUAGAGGUUGCUGGUAACGAAGUCAGGGAGCAGAAGGAAGAUGGGGAGGUAGACGAUGCGGGUAAUGAUGUUGAGGAAGAAGAUGGCAGAAACUGGGUUCUAGGACUAUAGGAGAAUUUCUUGCCAACAGGGUAGUUUCUCUGCUAGAGAUGGGGACCUCCUUCUGUCUUGUCUAUAUCACAGGUUCCGUGUUUUUUUUCUGUGAAAACUGCAUCUUAAGCUUCCGCCAGCUUGUCUUCUU